UUGAUAUAGCCGGUGUAUACGAUCCAAUGGUACCCGAUGCUGAAUGUCUCAAAAUUGUUGUAGAAAUCUUAGAAAAAUUAGCACUAGGUCCAUUCCUUGUUUAUGUCAACCAUCGUAAAUUACUUGAUGCUGUAUUUGCUGUUAGCGGUGUGCCUGAUUCCUUAUUUCGUCCAAUUAGUUCAGCUGUAGAUAAACUAGAUAAAACGCCGUGGGAUGACGUUAGAAAUGAAAUGGUCAAUCUGAAAGGUUUAAAUCCGGAUGUAGCAGAUAAAGUUGGCGAAUAUGUUAAAUUACAUGGUGGUGCUGAUUUGGUACAAAAAUUACGAGCUGAUGUUAAUUUAUCGAAACGAAAAGAUGCUCAAGAAGCGUUAAAUGAUUUAGAAUUAUUGUUUCGUUAUUUACAAUUAUAUGAUGUGAUGGAUAAGAUUGUAUUUGAUUUAAAAUUAGCUCGUGGUCUGGAUUAUUAUACUGGUGUUGUAUUCGAAGCCGUAUUAAAUGAAUAUAAGUAUGAUCCAUUGCUUGGAGAAGAACAGCUUGCUGUUGGAAGUGUUGCUGGUGGAGGAAGAUAUGAUGAAUUAGUUAAUAGAAUCGAUCCAAAAAAACCAAAAGUACCCUGCAUUGGAAAUUCUAAAAUCACUGUUAAAACAGUUGAAACUGAAGUUUAUGUUGCUUCAGCACAAAAAAAUUUAUUGGAAGAAAGAAUGAAACUAUGUUCCUAUUUAUGGAAAUAUGGCUUCAAAACUGAAAUGGCACUUAAACGUAAUCCAAAAAUGCUUGAUCAAUUACAAUAUUGUGAAAAGCAGCAAGUUGCUCUUUGCGUGAUUAUUGGCGAGUCUGAAUUACAAAAUAAUAUAGUAAAAAUUCGAAAUGUUUCGACAAGAGAAGAAACUGACGUUAAACGUGAUUUACUCGCCGAUGAACUCCGAUCGAGGCUUAACAAAUUACGUGAAGAAAAACAACAAGAAUGA